AUGUUUUGUUUCCUCUUUGUUGGUGUUUAUUCUCAAACUCUAUCACAAGCUGAACGUAUAUCAUUUACUGGUGGUAAUGGAGACAUAAUACAACCAAGUCCAACACUAGUAUUUAGUUUUCCAGAGGUGACAACGAUUAACAUCAUUUCAGGAACUGCAUCAAAUGUCAACUUGAAUAUCUUCUUUUUAAAUGACCCAACUAUAACAAAUAUACCAGCUGAUUUCUCAGAUCAUCUUCCAUCACUUUUAAAUUUCAAGGCUAUUGGAUGUCCAAUAACAACGGUCAGCCCGUUUUUUAACAAUUCAAUGUUACGAAAUGUGGAAGUAGGACCAUUGACACAUCUAACCAUUGAUCCAACCCUCAAUCUGCCCAAUCUUGAUGAAGUCAUUCUUACAAUCAAUCUAGCAGCACCAGAGGCAUUCAUCUUUACCCAAAAGUCUUUCCCAAAGUUGAGAAAUGUAUAUAUUGACGCAACUGGAUCACCUUUGACAGUUAACAUUAACUCUACUAUGAUUCAAAAUUUAGGUUUUAAUAACAGAUUUGGAACUAUCAACCUUGUUAUUGAAUCAUCUCCCUCAUUGAUCAAUAGUUUGAUAUUAAAUGGAUUUGACUCUACAGUGACCCCAAGUCUUGAUCAAUUUAUUGGUUUAGAUUCAUUGAGGGUCAGUUAUUCUUCAAUGUCGACGUUCCCAUUUGUGACAUAUCCUCCUGGAGAGAUUCCAUGGACCCUUUUUGAUAAUAAAAUACAACUUAUGCUUGAUAUUACCGGUAAUAUUGGUAUUACUGGAGCCGUUCCCCAAUCAUUUUGUCCAAACAAAAUAUAUAUGGAUGGUACUUCAAUAACAAGUGUUCCAGAUAUUGUUUUUGAAUCUACAGAUUUGAUAACUAUUGAUAGAGUUUCUGUUGCUCGUGGUCACCCAAUGGGAUGGGGAGGUAUCUUUUUGGGCGGAUCAAAUAUUUAUUAUUCAUUGGAGAUGAUUGCAUAUGACGCAUACCGUUUUACCUUGGGUACAGCUAUAUAUGGAAUUAAAACUCCAUUUACUAUGAUGACCGAUUCUAAUUAUCCAGAGUAUAGUUAUAGUUUUACUUAUUUGGAAGUAAAGUUUUCACUUGCUACAGUGAAUGUUGUUCAAGUACCAAAUGGAUUAUACCAAUUACAACUUAUACAUGUUGAAAACAUAGAAGAUUCGCUUUUAUCUUUAGACUAUUCUAUAUCGAUAAAUGAUACGAUCCCAUGUUCAAUAUCAUCUAUCGUUGGAACUACUAUUACGUGUACUCCUACAUCAACCCUUUCAGUAGGUCAACAAGUAAAUGUUUUCAAUUCAAACAACUAUUGGAAUGCUAGCAUGACCGUUAUAGUCACAAACUUGUACCCAAACAUCACCCUCCCCACCACAACCAAUGCUCAAAUUGGUGGUCAACUCACUUUCCAAGGUACAUUUGGUCCAAAUGUAAACUCGGCCAUUAUUUACAUCAAUGGAGACGAUUCUAUUUGUAUCAUUGGUGGUUCAAUGUCUUCAGUUCUUAUAUGUAAUGUAGUUUCAAAUUUUGUAGGUGGACUAACAAAUGUAACCAUCUCGGUUGAUGGGUUCACGAGUACUCCAUUUUUCGUAAACUACACUACCCCACAAACUGAAUGUUUACAAUUAACAAAUAAUUGUACCAAUCAUGGAAAUUGUGAUAUUAAUGGUCAAUGUCAAUGCAAUAAUGGUUAUUAUUCAAAUGAUUGUUCAAUUGGAUAUCCUGUAUUAUCAUCAGGAACAUAUGAUAAACAAGAUAACAAAUUGAUUAGUUUGUUUGGUAAUUUUGGACCAUAUAAUCAAGCAAAUGUAUCUGUAUUGGUAAAUAGUACUUUGGAUUGUGUAGUUACCUACAAAUCACAAUACAAUAUUAAUUGUACUUUGGGGUCAAAUCCAACAGCUGGUUUGGUAUCAUUCCAAAUUCAAGUUGAUAAUUUGAAUGGUAGUGCAAAGGACUUGUUUUAUAUUCAUUUAAAUAAUGGAACUAAUGGAGGUACAACAACUACUUCAUCAACAACAGGAGGAGGAGGAGGAGAAACAGCACAAGAAAAAUGUCAAAGAAAAACAUCAAAUUGCUAUGGUCAUGGUAAAUGUGAUGUGAAUGGUGUAUGCCAAUGUGAAUUAAAUUAUCAACCAUUAGAUAAUUGUUUAACAAAGAUUAUCAACAACACAAUCCAACCAAACAACACAUCACCAACUCCAGCAUUUAAUAUUGAUGGUGUAACAUUCCUUUUUGAAGUGGUUGCCAUUCAAGAGAUUGGUAUUGACAAUGAACUGAUAUUUGAAUUAUUGACAAACAAGUGGAAUUCAAAUAUUACAAAUAGCAGUGAUACAACUAUUGCUGUCUAUAAUCUCAACCAUACACUUGGUAACACAACAAUCAUCACAUCAACCAUUUCAUUCUCUUCAAAACCAAGAGAUAUUCCAUUUGGUUCACAGGUGCUCCACAUUAACCCAAUUCAAUUAAAUUGUCGGAUAAUGUCACUGGUUGGAGAUACGCUUCAAUCCUAUCAACACUACGAGUUAUCUUUAAAACAACGAUCAACAAUAAUCAAACAAUCGAGUUUGAUUGUAAAAGAUAUACCAAUUGACAGUUUAACAUUUGAUCAAAUGUCAUCAUCACUCCAAUACCUCAGAGUCAUCAAAGAUAAUAUACAAUUUACAGGUAGAUUUAUCGAUUAUGUAUUGUCAGAUGGAAGGGAAGCAUUCUCUCGAACCUAUGUUAUAAACCAAACAAGUGUCCAAGGUUCUGAUGACAAACAAUCAAACAUUCUCCUUGGAAUUGGAAUGCCUCAAUGUCAAUCAUGUGUUCUCGAUCCUGAUUUCUCACCAUUAAUAGUUGACAAGAGUAAUGAUAGUGGAUGUGACAGCCAAUCAAAUACAUGGAGAAUCAUUGUUGGUGUUGUCGUUGGUGGUGUUGCAUUACUGGCCAUAUCAGCCGCAUCAGUCUUCUUUUAUCGAAAGAAAUGGAGUCACCAGAGACAAGAAAUAUCAAUGAACAGUAGACUACGUUCAAUGAGAGAGUAG